GUUCAGUUCUUACUGAUGUCAUAAGAAGUCGUUCAGUUGCUUAGCCUUCAGGAAGCGCUUCCAACUUGGGUGAGCGAAUGCAAAGGAUUCAGGACUGCAUAUCAGCACGCGAUUGACCUCUUGAAUCCAGGUCCAGGUCAGGGCUUCAGAAACAUUUUAGGCAGAGGUUCAAUCGAGUGGGCCACAGAGAAGGCGUCUGACAUGACGGGCGCGCACUGCACCCUCCAUUUCCGGGCUCCAGCACUUGCGGUGCCGUUUGCACAACAGCCCUCACCCCUGUCGAAAUGCCACCCCUGGAGCGGAGGAGCAUUACCAGCAUUUGGGAGUGGACGCGAUUUCUAUUUCUCAGCUGCGUCUUCACCACUUCUUGGUGCACCAAUCCACGAGAAUUGCAACCCUUCAGAACAAGGAAUGCCGAGGCGGCGUUUAUUCGCCCUGAAAGUAAGUGCGGUGCAAACAGUUGAAAAGGGCGGGGAGGGCAGUGCAGGAAAACCGCGACGGACGGUGUGGAAGCGCCCGGGGGAAGACAAGCAGCAAGGAGUGCGGCGCCCGGGUCCGGUCGGCCGGCCGAGCAAACUUGCAGAGAGGAGGCGCGUCAGUCCGCUGAACCCCCAGCAGCAAUCGGCGGUCAACACGCUGCUGAGGAACUUUAGGGCCUGGCCGCUGGAUGCGGACUGGGACCAGUUGCUGGCGUCCGCUCGGCUGCCGGCCGAGCAUGUCGACGAGGAUGUCCUGCAGAACCUUUUCCGUGUCUUGCCCUGGUACAAGUCGGGCAAGUCUCCCAAAUCCAGCCCUGACAAUUCGGCGAGUCUUGACAACUCAGCAGGGGAGGCGAAACCUAGCCCUGACAGCUCGGCGAGUCUUGACAACUCGGCGGGGGAGGCGGAAAGCGGGGAAGAAGACGGGGGAGGAAGGAAAGCGCAUUCGGCGGGAGACGCUCUGCGCAUGCUGAGCCUGUAUCGCUGGUGGCAGGGGAAAAACCCCGAGCGCUUCUCGGGGCCCCUUGCGCUCCAGCUGGUGGUGUGCCUCUCGAAAGCGGAGCUUUUGGAAGAGGCUGCGAGCUUCGGGGACUCGCUGAAAGAGAAACUGUCGGAGCACUCCGAGUCCAUUGACACGUCGACACUGACGAAUCUGUACUACCGGAUCGGGGCGUACGAGGACGCCAUCCGCGUAUACAACGAGGCGCGAGAGACGGAGAAGCCGGUCGAGGCACGGUGCUCGGUCGUGACGCUCCUCUCGAUGGAGGAGCUGGGCUACCCGGGCGAGAAGCUGUUUGCCGUCUUCAAGGCUGAGAAAGACAAGGCUGCGUUUCGCCACAAGAGCCUUAACGCGAUGCUGACAAAGGGAGUCACUUUGGAGGACAUCAAAAUGUCGCAGGAGGACGGGAAGAUUCCAGAGGGCCUGAUCAGCCGCCUGAUCACCGCUCUGUGCGAGCUGGGGCGGCGAGACGAGGCGUGCGCGCUCGUGCGUCCGUUCCUGGAACCCGGUGCUCCCCUCUUGACUAUUUCCAUCCUCGUCAGUGUGAUAACGUCGCUGGAGAACAUGGGGCUGAUCGAGGAGGCGCAGCAGCUGAUGGACCGCCACGUGGCGGGCGGGGUGGAUAUGGGGAAGGCGCUGAGCUAUAGAAUGGCCCGGGUGCCGACGAAUGCCGCGGCCGCGCUGGUGUACCGGUCGUUGAUGCGCUUCGAAGGGUCCCACCGCAACAACUUCCACACGCACGUUCUGGCAAUCAGCAAGUUUGCGAACCUGCGGGACGCGGAUGGGGUCUGGGAGGCGUACGAGGCGGCCAAGGAGGCUCGCGCGAGCAAGGAGAACCAGAGACCCGCUGCGAUCUUUUUGAGCGUCUACGUUGACGUCAUUCGGACGUUGGCGACCGCGGGGCGCGAGUUUGCAGCAGAGCAGGUGCUGGCGGACUGUCUGCGCGCGCACCAUCAACAAAUGUCGCCCAAAGACGUGACGCAGCUGCAAGCGGCAUACGUCAGCCUGGUUAGGAUGUACCUCGCGCAACAUAACCCCCAGAAAGUGGUGGACCUGGUGCGGUUAAUGGUGUUAACCCAGCACUGGGUUAGCCGGCCGGCCCUGAAAAAGUGGGCGGAGUCGCUGAGGGAGCAAGGGGCGGAUGCGGAAGCGGAGCAACUAGAGGUGGAGGGGCUUCAGAUGGACGAAUAUCGGCCGCAGGCCAAGGGGGUGUGGGUGAAGAAAGCGGCGGGAGCAGUUGCGCAAGGGAGCAGCUGAUAAGCGCCGGAGAGCUUCGGAAGUGACCAGAGGGACAGACAGUCUAGGCGCGCGCCACAAACCCCUCCAAAAAGCACCCGUGAGAAAGCACAAGUGAGAGAAGAUCAGCGGUUCUUCUUGAACUGUGCUGGGUUUGGAUGGACAGGAUAGAGCAUGUUGCUCGUGUAGCGCCUAUUUGGAUGGAGGCCAAUUUCCUCCAGCGUCAGGGCUACAUUCAUCUAAACUUAUUGAAGGUUGCACUUGUUUUGACGAUGGACGGAACCACUACUUCGAAAUCUGCCGCGAAUCCCACGAUGACGUUCUUGAAGCUUGACCUUGCUUGACCUUGCUUGACCUCAAGCGAGCAUGACAAUUUUGUGAUAAG